AUGGACCGGCUCUGCUUCACUAAGCUCUCUGUUUUUGCCGUGAUUCAGUUUAAACAUGUUCUAUUUGAUUUCGUCUAUACUGAUCAUCCUCCCGACCUGAGUGAACGGACGAUACCUGAAUAUUUUCUGAAGGUGUUGCAAGUUCAAGCACACAGUGAAUCUUGCAGAUCUGCUCGGUUCAUCAACAAUGGCCACGCCAUUUUGACGGGGUCUCCCGACUGCUCAAUUCUUGCAACUGAUGUGGAAACUGGUGCUGCUGUUGCUCGCCUCGAAGAUGCUCAUGGGUGUGCAGUCAAUAAGCUUAUCAACUUGACGGAGUCCACAGUUGCCUCUGGAGACGACGAAGGCUGUAUUAAGGUGUGGGAUACCAGGCAACAAUCUUGCUGCAAUUCUUUCAAAGUUCAUGAAGAGUACAUUUCUGAUAUGACUUUUGCAGCCGAUUCCAUGAAACUCCUGGGAACUAGUGGAGACGGGACUCUUUCUGUUUGCAAUCUUCGAAGAAAUAAAGUCCAAGCUCAAUCUGAAUUUUCAGAAGAGGAGCUACUGUCUGUGGUUAUCAUGAAGAAUGGUCGGAAAGUUGUUUGCAGCUCACACAUUGGGAAUCUAUUAUUGUAUUCAUGGGGCUGUUUCAAUGAUUGCAGUGAUCGGUUUGUUGAUCUCUCUCCAAAUUCUGUUGAUGUUUUGCUGAAGCUUGAUGAAGAUAGGUUGAUCACUGGAUCUGAGACUGGACUUAUCAGCCUAGUAGGUAUAUUACCCAACAGAGUCAUCCAACCAAUUGCAGAGCACUCAGAAUAUCCUGUUGAGGGUCUUGCCUUUUCCCAUGAUAAAAAGUUUCUGGGGAGUAUAGCACAUGAUCAGAUGUUGAAGCUAUGGGAUAUGGAUGACUUAUUGCAAGAUUCUACAAAGACUUUAAAGCAUCAAGCAGCUGUGGAAGACAGUGAUAGUGAUGAGAUGGAUAUGGAUAAUAAUCCUCCAAAGUCUAAGAAAGGGACAAAGAGGAAAAAUGCAAGCAAAGAUCAUGUUUCGGGCAGUUCAAACAAUUUUUUUGCUGAUUUACAGAUGGAUGGUUGA